GUGCCGGGGCCCAGGCCGAGGCCGCGCCGUAAGGCCGACGCUGAGGCGGGGCCGGCGCGGCGCCUCGCUGGCGCCGGGCCGGGGGUGACGGAGGUGGCCGGGCCGGGCCGGGCCGCGCCGCGCCGCGCGGUAUGAUCGGUACCGUGCUCUGCUACGUGCUGCUGCCGGCGGCGCGGCUCCUCCGGGCCCUCCGAGAUGCUUUCUUUACCUAUCGAAAGAAUGUACUUCUGGCGAAGAGUACGUCCACCCAGAUAGAAGGUGUAUUUGCUGCAAGCAGAGGAAAGUCAGUCCCAGAAGAGCAAGAAGCCCUUCUCGAGCAGUGGCUGGAGGAAGGAGCAGGGAAUUUGCCAGCCAGUGAGAGUGCUCCAGCAGCAGGGAAAGUAUCAGUUACGUUCACAAGUGACUGGUUAGAAGGUUCAGAGCUAUUGAUGACUACCCUCAGUGACCUGAAUGCGUCUCCAGAAGUCACCCAAUGCACUGAUCAGCAGCUCUUGGAGCUACACGCCUUGGUUUCUUCAGACCAGCAAGAUCAUGCAGCGACUGAACUAGCAGAAUUACUAGCAGAGGAAGCAGUGGCUGUAGCAAACAACCCUACUUGGGCAGCUGUGGUGCCACAGACGGAUCACCAGAUAGUUGGCUGUGCCGCUGUCAGUGUAGGAGUGCAGGAUGAAGACCCAGCUGUGCUAGCCUGGAGUUUAGCACGUAAUGCAGAGACAGUACCAACGGAUCCCCCAGCCUGGCCCAUUCAGGAUACAGUACAAUUUUCUCCUCUCCUGACAGAGGUACCCUACCAUGAGAUUUUAUGGAGAGACUGGGAGGAUCUUUCUGAUCAGCCCUGUGUGCUAGAGCAGGUCUCAAAAAACACUCCUUUCUUUGAAUUUCGAGUCAUGUCUUACAACAUCCUUGCCCAGGACCUGGUGGAGCAGGGCCAUGAUCUCUAUCUACACUGUCAUCCAGACAUCUUGAACUGGAACUACCGCCUUCCAAACCUUUUGCAGGAGAUCCAGCACUGGAAUCCUGAUGUUCUGUGUCUCCAGGAGGUGCAGGAGAACCAUUACUGGGAGCAGCUGGAACCGAUGUUCAAAGAGAUGGGCUUUGCAUGCUGCUAUAAACGGAGAACCGGGACGAAGACAGAUGGCUGUGCAGUGUGCUACAAACACAGCAGGUUCCAGAUGAUCAGCCUCAGCCCCGUGGAAUACUUCCGUCCUGGCCUGGACGUCCUUAAUCGGGAUAACGUGGGCUUGGUGCUGCUGCUACAGCCUCUGCUCCCUGAGGGCCUAGAUCAGAAGGCAGUCAGCCCGCUGUGUGUGGCCACUACUCACCUGCUCUUCAAUCCCCGGAGGGGAGAUAUCAAGCUGGCCCAGAUGGCCUUGCUCCUUGCUGAGAUAGACAAGAUUGCAAGAACUACUGAAGGCAGUUACUAUCCUGUCAUCUUGUGUGGAGACCUGAACUCUGUACCUGACUCACCACUCUACAAAUUCAUCUGUAACGGUGAACUUUCCUACCAUGGCAUGCUGGCCUGGAAGGUGUCUGGUCAGGAGGAGUUUUCCCAACAGUUGUAUUCCCGGAAGCUGCAGGCCCCUCUGUGGCCGAGCUCCCUGGGUGUCACAGACAGCUGCCAAUAUGUCACCCUGUGCCAGCCAAAGAAACUAGCAGGCAGACGGCAAUACAGCCGGGACUUCCUGCUCCAGUUCCGUUACUGCGCUGCUGCCUGUGAGCGACCACCACAUCUGGUCCUCUUGGAGGGGGUGACAGAUGCUAAACCAGACCGCCCUGCACGCUGGCCCCAGCCUGUUGACAUGGUGAAAAACCCUGAUCCCCAGCCUCUCAUCCCAAGGUCUUCAGGCAUUAUCCAGCAUGGCCUCAACUUGACUUCUGUCUACAGUCACUUCCUGCCACAGAGGGGCCGCCUGGAAGUCACAACGAUGCCCAUGGGCCUUGGAGCAACCGUUGAUUAUAUCUUCUACUCGGCAGAGCCUGUGGAGAGUGGCAACAGGGGUGGUCGAAGGCUGUACCGGGAUGGAGCCCUGAAGCUGCUUGGCCGCCUUUCUCUUCUCUCUGAAGAUAGCCUGUUGAUGGCAAACGGCUUACCAAAUCCUUUUUGUUCAUCUGAUCAUCUCUGCCUGCUAGCUAGCUUUGGCUUGGAGAUCUCUAGCCUCAGAGAGGGUUAGUGUUGGUUCCUUUUGCCUAAAGAAAAGCUGUUUUGAAUACAGCAGUUGAGGCUCUGGAUUGUACAACCUGCUUUCAAGAAAGCUCUUUUCCUUAUAAUGCUCUAAAAGUCCCUUUUUCCCCUCAUACCCUCACAAAAAGCAAGGAUGGAAGAGUUGGAGUGCUUUUUGCAUUGGUGUGGGUCUCUGCAAGCCUGAGCUCCGUGCCCAGUGGGCUUCCAGUUAUAUUCAGGAAUUACUCUCUUAAAGGGAGCCUUGUUCCACUUCUUUGUUUAGCAGAUGUUUUAGUGCUGUAGGAACAAACAUAACUGUGUGAGAGCUUCAAGGAGCUGGGAAAGAGAAGGUCAACACUGCCUACUUCUGGUUAGUUAAUGGCUGCCAAGGAGCAGGGGAUGUAUACACUGAUACUCCUUUGCACCAAACAAUGGGUCUUUUAAUUUCUUAGUGAUGGUUUAUGAAGUAUGGUCCUUCCAGGACUAGUUGUCCUGUUGCCUUGGAGAGUGUUGGCUCUGCAAACUGCUUGGAAAUGGCUUUUACUUAAUAAUGAGCAAGGGCUGCCUUGCUGGCAGAAGGGUUUGUGUAGUUGGACAGUUUCUGCAAGAAGCUGCCUGCUGUGACUAGUGGACCAGGAAAUGGGAUUGCCAGGAAUUGAGCCAGGGCUUCUAUGGAGCCACCUGCAGCAGCCUAGAGGCCUUGAGGAAGGCUCCUUCCCUUUCUAGCACUCUCAGAACUGUACCUAGUGUAGCACUUGUAGGAAAAAUAUUUAUGAUCCUCUCGGUGAAUAUCGGUGGAAAAAAAUGUCCCAUAAGACAUGCCAAGGCCAGGAGGCUAAAGGUCUGGGAGGUCCCACGAGAUGAAAACAGAAGGUGUGUGAAGAGGCAGCAGAGCCAUCAGAUGGAAGAGCUGAUAUUUGUCACCUGCCUCACUGUUUCUCUGUGCCCCCCUGUUCCAGCAGCCUGCCAGGGGUAAGCCUGCCAACCUGUAGCAUUGUCUUGUGCCAGGCUAGAGUUGAUGCUACUGCCUUCUUCGGGAGCCAGCCAUGUUUAGGUAGAACCUGGACUGAGAAGACUGACUCCCGUCUCUUGGCAGAUGUUGGGGGUGGAGGGGAAGGCAGUUUAACUUGAAGCCAGAUUGUCCCAUCAUUUGGCUCCCACACUGCCUUUGGUGCCCUGUCAUUGUACUUCUGUUAGCAGUGGCAUGGCCAGUACAAAACCAAUAGAACUACCAGUUCCUAGGGCAGAUUCCCUACUUCAGCCUGCCAUUUGGUGCUCAGUUUUACCAUGAGAGGUAAGAGCAAUAUUGACAGAAACAUCAUCGGUCUUCUGCUCACAAUUGAGGUGGGGAAAUCUGGUCCCACCUCAGAUUUUUGUGUGAAGGUACGAGGAGACUUGAAAUAUUGUUCUCUCUUCCUGGAUUAUAUUGGGGGUCUUUCAUAUUUUAAAUGUUACUUUCUUUGUUGAAAAAUAAAUUGUUUCUAAUAUAAGAAAAACCCAACAAAGUAACUGUGACACCUUGUGCUCCUGGCAGCUGAACCUUCCCAUGACUUGCUCAACAAGGCUUUGCUGGCUGGGAUAUGAAAGAGGAGACAACCACACAAGAUAGUAGCAGUGAGGGUCAAAGGGAGGGAGGAAGUGGUCCUAGCUGUUGUCUCCCAAAACAUCACCAAAUCCCAGAGAUCGUUUAUUUGGUAUCAGGCUUGUCUUGCAAAAUGGUUUACAUUCAGGAAUCCUUCCCCUCCUGCCAAAGAGAGCAAGUACUGCUGAUCUUUUACAGUUCACUUCUGUAAACUGUACAGAAACAAGGCCUGUGUGUAUGGAUCAUGUUCUGCGCCUAUAUGGUUGUGUAAGGACUGCAUAUUCCCUUCUUACCUCUGCCCCUGGUAGUGUGUGGAUGGCUUUUGCUACUUCAGAUAAGAUGUAGGAGCCUGUAUAAGUGAACAACAAUCUAGAGGUGAGUAAGUUUGCAGCUGUGUUUGCCUUUUGUUUCACAGGUAAUGGUUCUGGUGUGAUGCUGCUGUUUGUACAUGGAGGGGCUGCAGAGCUGUGCAUUUCUAUGGCUCUAUUUGAUUGACAGUUGCACUAAUUUCUGGAAGUACUCAUGUUCUGGUUUUGUAAUUGGUUAUAGUUGUAAAGAGAAGGGAGGAAAGGGAAAUUGGUGAACUGAGAGCUUUAUUUCUUGCCAGGCUUGAAAAGAGGCUGCCAGAAAGCAUCCUGGAUGCAGAUAGCUCCCACCAACUGGUAACAUUGUCAUAGGAAACUUGGAAGACACUAAAGGUUAAAAACAACCAACCAAAAGCAAAACAAAAAACACUGUGACACAUGGUGUUGGCACUUAGAACUGUGCCUGGCUGCUUCAGUUGUAAUUGCUGGCUAGGUCUGAUGGUCAGCUGCUGAGAGGUGUGUGUCCAUGAGGGCAGCCCUCUUGCCCCACCUGCUGAGUCCCAUAAGGUGUGUAUGUGCCCUCUCAGGAGAGCUGGUUGGCCCUGCACUGGUCACAGCCCCCUGCCAGUCCUGUUGUGAAACUGAGGAGUGGGAGCUCUGCUUCAACAUCCCAAGUGCUUCUUCCACUUUAUUUAAACCGAAGACUUGAUUUUUCUUUGGGAUAACUGAUGAAGCCAUCUCUCAGGGAGAUUUUAAGGUUCCAGCUACAUGUUGUUGGAAAAUCUAGUGUUCCACAGGUCAAGCUAAUGCUUUGUCUUUCAGUACGUGACAUAGCAUGAUAUGAACUUGGAAUGGUGAAGUUAUUGAACACCGGAUAUAGAGUCAUGUGCUGAGAAACCCCAGGGCAAUACUUGCAAGUCCCUUGAUUCUUCAUUCUGAAAGCUCCCAGAGGAAGCUCCUGAAGCCCCAGCUCCCCCAGGCUUCCUUUGGCAGUCAUAAGUGAAACUGCUGCAGAAAUGCAAGGCCAUUGCUAGUGGCUGCAUACAAAGUCACACAAAAAGGCAGAGUUGAAGAGUUAAUCACUGUGGUCGUUUUGACCACUGCCCUGAAGCUCUGGUAUAGACCCCUACAGAGUUGGACUGAAAAACCUGUAUUUUAGAGCAAUUCAGUAUUAACAUCAAGUGGAUCUAGAGACAUGUGAAUUCCUCUGACUGUGGGGGACUACAGAAGUUUGGAGGUGGGGUGGGUGCAGAGACUCCCUGUCUCUAAAAUAGCAACUAGUACAUAGUUGUGGGGAGAAGAUAAUGCAUUCUGUGAUGCUUUAAGAACAGCACACUGAUAGAAUAAGGGGCUGUGGUAAUCAGUAACUCAUGAUGGGAUGCAGAACUAAGAUUCCAGAUGUAGUUCUUGAGUUUCCUGACCUAUAAGUGUGACUACCACAGCUUUCUGCUGAGUUACAGAGGGGUCUGUAAAUGGUCGUGAAACUGGAGCAAUGGGAAUAUCUGCUGUACUCAGAAAGGGAAGGUAUCAUAGAAGUAGGUUCAUCUACAUCAUUUUAGUAGUGAUGUAGAGCUCAGGGAGACCGGUGCUUAGGAGAAGGGAUGCCAGAGGCCACUGGCAGUGUGUAUACACACCCUGUUACAGUCUUGCAAGCUGCAGGAGCAUGCAGCUGUUGAGGCAAACAUGUAUUUGACAAAAUAUCUUUGCCUGACAACAGCUUGGAUUGCACCACAGCUGCUAGGCAGUAUUUAGUUAUGCUAUUUAGAUAGAAGUUGGACUUCCUUUACUUUCUCAGUUUUAAGUUCAUCACUUCAGGAGGAUGCCUUCUAUAAUCAGUUUUCCCAAUUACAUGGGAUGGGAGGAGCGGUAAACAAUAUAAUUGCUCCAAUUUCUUUCCUUUUCUUAAUAAAUUAAACUUGGCUGCUGCUCGAGGUCUUCUUUCUCCAUGCCUUUUCCUUACGAGGUCUCUGCAGCAGCUGUUUUCCCACGACUGCCAUAUCCAGUUAUCUUUUUGAGUUACCGUUGUUUAUAUUUUUCUGCAGCUGUAUUUCUUCAGUUAAAUGCUAUGAGUGGAAUUAUUUGGGCCAAGUCUUAUCAUAAACUCAACAUGUACAUAGCUUCAAGCUAUAAGGUAGUGGGUUCUAUCACCCCUGAAGAUGGGAAUAUAUAACUCUUGUUAUAUAAAACAAGUUUAAGAUCUGUCAUUGGUGCUCUAUAUAGCACCUGCUUUGUGCAGCAAAGGAGAACUCUGAAAGAUACUUGACCUUAGUCUCUUUUCUCUGAGGAGUCUCUUAGAGGCUCUAAAAACAGUUCAGCAUCUCGGAGAGAAUCUCUUUUUAAGAGCUGAUCAAGGUAUGUAUCCUGCUAGUAAUGGUAUUUGAGAGUGGUGCUGGCAAACGGUUUGCAAAGCAGGGUGUUGCUGCGUGCAAUUUCUCCUCCCCUUGCCACCACCUGCUAGUGCUAGUGGGCAUUUAUUGCGUGUACUGUUAGGAAUUCGCAGACAGAUCCGUGGUUUGUUGAAAUACAGAUGAAGGAGAAACACACAGCCUCAGGGGGACACAGCCUCCUUUCAGCUGGGUUCCUGGGGUGCAAGUGAAUGGAAUUACUGCUGUGCCUGUAGUGCAUUGUGCUGCAGAGUGGGGUGCUGAGUCUCGUAGAGAACUCAUGUGCUAUAAGGAUAACCAAGAUGACUGAUUAAACAGUUGGCUUGCUUCAGGCUCCUUCCUUUUGUCAGCUGUACAAAUUUGGCUUCUCCGGUCAAGGCAAGUUCCCCUCCAGCUUCUACUGAAAAUAUCAUUCUAGUCUUGAAGCUCUUUUCUGUUUUACUUAUUUUAAAAAACAUGUAUUUUUUUGUACCUGGACUGCACAUUUAUGUGCUCUAAGGGAACAGAAAUGCUGUAUAGGGGAGCUGCAGAAUUUUUCCUAACUUUGGUUGCACAACACAGCAGCUUUCAAGUGCUGAGGUGGCAAAUUAGAGAAGGACUAGACUAGAUGCUGGCAUGUGGUACAGCAAAGAUUUGCAUUCUGUUUAUACACACAAAAAAAAAGACUUCAAGCCUUAGCAGUGUCAUUUAGUUUUUUAGUCUUUUCUUUCUGGAUGGAAGGACUUUUACAGCAAUCUUAAGUUUAUUCAGUUACUGGCCACUUUCAGGAACUGCUCCUGAACUGGAGGUAGAUUAACACAGUAGUUACUCUUAAGCUGUUCCCUUCAUCCUUUCCUCCCACAGAGAGGCUGGAGAUAAGAUGGCAAUCACUCUUUGCUGAAAUAAAAAUAUAAUCCAGGAAAGCCAACUCAGCUGAGUUAACUGAGGUCUGCAAUAGCCUGCUAACCAGUGUGUCAUAUGCCCUUGCCUUCCAUAAUCCUGCACCCUCUGCAUCAACGGUUCUCUUACGGCUCUUAGUUUCUCAUGAAUGGAUUUCUGUAUGUUCUUAGGCAUGUGAGAGCCUUAAGUUUUGCAGUCCUGCUCUUCUACAGAUAGUAGUUGACUCGGUUUAUUUUUCUUGCUUAAUUAUUGCUUUGCUGAGUUGUGUAUCCUUUCCACAAUAAGGUUUUUCACAAAGGUCCAAGUAGUAUAAUCUGCCUUAAAACCCUAGCACUCUCACUAGCACGGGGAAAGCCUGAUCUAAGAGGGAGUAGAAAGUCUUAUUUUUAAGCUCAGUUAUGGCUGACUCACUGUUUCACUGUUCUCACUGUGCUGUCUAGCUGACCUUGAUUUUUAGCAAAAUCUCUUAAAAUGGUAGUGAGGCUCAAAGCAGAAGUUAAUAUAAUUAACAUAUCUAAGGGGGACUAUUGUAUGUGCCAUUCUCUUUGGAGUAACAGGUUAAGGGAUGUUUAUUUAUUUCCUCUACAUGCUGUGGCUUCGCCCAGAUCCUGGCCCUGGUCCCAGCUCUUGCUCACUUCCCUGGGGAGAAGGGGGAUGCUGUGCCUGAAAGAUGAUGGCUUGAAUA